AUGGCUGUGGUGUCGACGGUGCAGAUUUCUGAACAUGGUCGCAAUAUCAACGGGCAUUGGAGCCAAGACAGCGAGGCGGCAGCAAAAGCCCCCAUUGAUUCAGAGGCACGAGCCCGUCUAGUCGCCAAUCUGACCGACCGCGAAAUUGCCGAGCUCAAGAAGUACUUGACGCCAGAACUCACGGCGAGGCUCGCUCAAAGCAAUACCACCACCACGGCCCCGACAGCUCCCUCGACUGCACCCACCAACACUGCCGCAUUGGCAGCGCUGGCCACUACGACAGAAGACCUCCUUGCCAAACAGGCAGCUCAAUUGGCAGUCCACCUCAGUUCCAGGAGCAUGUGGAGGCGGAGAAUAGCAAGUCUGCUUAGGCAGCAACAGAAGCGGGAAAGAGUCUCGCGACAGCAGCGAUCGGGGUCUCCGUUGCAUCACGCGCUCGUAACUGUACGCAUGGCCUGA